AUGUUUGCGCCCCUCCUGUCGACGGCGCUUCUUGCCUCCUCCGCCCUCGCGGCCGACACGUGCAAUGGGCACGCCGAGCUGUGCCAGCGCUCGUACGCCAACGUGACCUACCUCGGUGCGCACGACAGCUAUGCCGUCGGCGACUCGCUCUUCGCGAACCAGGCUAAGCCGGUCGAGGACCAGCUCGCGGACGGCAUCCGCGUGCUGCAGCUGCAGACGCACAAGAACAACGGCGCGAUCCACCUCUGCCACACGGCGUGCAACUUCCUCGACGACGGCCCGCUCGACGAGUAUCUCGCCAAGGUCCAGACUUGGGCCGAGGCCAACCCCUCCGAGGUCGUGACCCUCAUCGUGACCAACCCCGAGCUCACGGACCCGUCCGAGUUUGGCCAGGCGUUCCAGAAGGCCGGCCUCGACAAGCGCGCCUACAAGCCGCCCCAGGCCACGACGGCGUUCAACGAGUGGCCUACUCUCGGCUCGCUCAUUGACGCUGGCACCAACGUCGUCGUCUUCAUGGACUCCAAGGCCGACACGAGCAAGGUCGACUACAUCAUCCCCGAGUGGGGCAACAUCUGGGAGGACGCCUACAACGUCGUCGACACGGACUGGGGCUGCGCCGUCAACCGCUCGAACGGCGACACGGCGACGCAAAUGUUCAUGAUCAACCACUACCUCGACAAGUCGCUCGGCAGCCUGGGCGUGAUGCCCGACAAGGCUUCGCUGGGCACGACGAACUCCAAGGCCUCGCUCGACAAGCACGUCUCGAACUGCAACAUGCUCUACGGGCGUGCGCCGACGUUUGUCCUGCUCGACUUCUACUCCUCGAACGGCAACGAGCCCUUCGAGUGGGUCGCCGGCCUCAACGGCGUCCCCGCGCCCACGAACAAGGUCGAGACCGGCAACAUUGACGGCAAGAACGCCUCGCCCCAGGACGUCCAGAACGCCGGCGCUGGCGCGAGCGGCACCGACGCCAGCAAAACGACCCAGACUGGCAUUGUUGGAACCCAGGACGCGAACGGCGUCAAGUCGUCCGCGACCGCGCUCAAGGUCGCCGGCGGUUCUGUUGCUGCCGCCCUUGUCGGCGCCGCUGCCCUGUUCGCCCUCUAA